AUGAGGUUAACUCCCAGAACAAUUCCCGAUGAAACGCGGACGGCCUCGUUAGUGGGGUUUGUCGCGCAGGAGUCGGGCCGGUUUGCUUGCAGAGCAAGUUUGAAAACUCAUUUCGGUCGCUUCAGGGACCCCCUUGACCUGCCAGACGUUGGCUCGGGGUACGUGGGGGCCGUAGGUCAGGUAGAGCCGCACGCUCCUGUCCCAUCGCUCUGCUGGCUGCCGCUGUCUCAGGUACUGCAGUACCAGACCUGGUGUCGAGAGUUGGAGCAGCAAGUGAAAGCCGGAGGGGGAUCCCUUCCAGGCAGGUGGGAAGCCACAGCAGACCACAGCCUGGAGAACGCACUGCUUCAGGUGGAAGAGAGGCAACAAAGGUGUGAGAACCUGGCAGAAGUGAACACUCUCCUGCGGGAGCACCUUGAUAAAGCCAAUGAGGUUAAUUCUGCCCUCAGAGAAGAUGUUGGAAAACUAACGGUGGAUUGGAUGAGGGCCCGGGAGGAGCUGGAGUUGAAGGAGAGUGAAUGGCGCAGCGAACGCGAGCUUUAUGACAACUACUUACGGGGGGAGCAUAAUCGUCUGCUCAGCCUGUGGCGGCAGGUGGUGACCUUCCGCCGCCAUUUCCUGGAAAUGAAGACUGCCACGGACCGAGAUUUGUCAGAGCUGAAGGCAGAACAAGUAAGGCUUUCUGGAUCUAUUCUUGUGAACUUCUCCUGCCUGAACUCCUGUGUGCAGCUCAGGGAGUCCAUACCUCUGGGUAAUCCUGUCCUGAAGGAUCAGGCAGAGCAGCAAGUGGAACCAAAAAUAAACCAGACAGCUCAGGAAGUGAUAGCCUUACAAGUCAGGUGGGACAUGGAGAAGAAAGAGCUUCAGGAGAGGGUGAUGGAGCUCUCAGCCUUGCUUGUACAGUCUCAGAAGCAGAACGAGGAGAAGGAGAAGACCAUGAAAACACUUAACGACACAGUGGAGAUUCUAGAAUCAAGUUGGAUAGAGAAAGAAUUUGCAGCUUCAUUGACUAAUAAUGCCAAAGAAGAGAAUCUUUUCCUUCAAAAGCUUGUAAGAAAUAUCACUGAGAUGGUAUUAGAUGACAGUGACAGCCUGGUCAGCAUUAUCUGCACUGACAGUUGCCAGCAUGCAGACUCUGGAGACAUCUUCUCAUCUCCGAGAUCUGUUGAUACAGGACAUGCCUUUGGAUUGGUUCUGGAAGCACUUGCAAGGAUGCGAGGGGCAACACGGGCCCUGAGAGAAGAGCUUUCUGCUGUGCAGGACUCAAACAACUUCCUGCUGCAGCAGCAGAGACAUCAGGAAGAGACGUGCAGGGAGGUACAGCAAAGGCUUGAGCAACUGGAGGAGAAAUGCAAGAAGUCCAGCAGCCACCAACAGCACCUUCAGUCUUUAGUAGAAACACUCAGAAGUGACUGUGCGAACCUUGAGAAAACUAGGGAAGAGCUACAGAAACAGCUUGGAUUAAUGGAACAAGAAGCCUCACGUCUGCAUCAGAGUAAUGCUGAGCUGCAGAUGAAAGAAGAGUCAGCCCAGGCAGAAAAGGCAGAGCAGCAGGACAGGAUGGAGAGAGUGCGCCAUAAGCAGGAGCUCCUAGUGAAGGACUUGGCUGCACUUGAGGCAAAACACUCAUUAUUGCAGAGUGAAUUGGUGGUCAAGAGACAGACACUAGAGAAAUUGCAGCUUCAGAAGGAUCUGCUGGAGCAAGAGAAGGAUGAGUUUGCCAUUGCUCUGAAGAAGGCAGAGCAGUCAGUGGCAGAGUUGACAGGGGCUCAGAACAAGCUGAAUGCUGAAAGAGCUGACCUACAGGCUGCAACAGUGAAGAUGAGCAGCAUCAACGAAGCUCUUGCAUUGGACAAAGUGCAGCUGAACAAAUAUGUGUGGCAGCUGGAGCAAGAGAAGGAAGUUUUGUCUGCUAAAGUGGAUGAGAUGGAGAGAGCAAAGAUCUGUGAGCAGGAGAAGCUGAACUUUUGUGAAAGAGCAAACGAAGAGCUCUGUGCAGAGAAAGCCCGGCUAGAGCAUCUGCUGAAGGAAGCAGAGGAGCAACAGGAGGAGCUGUGGCUGAAGCUUAGGACACUGGGAGAGGAGAAAGCAGAAACCCAGGAGAAAUUCCAUCAGGUUUCCCAGGAGCAAGAGUCGUCGAGCCGGGCUCUGGAGCAGCUGCGCCGGGAAUCCUCUGGCCAAGGGCACGCACUGGCCCAGGUGUGCAGAGAGAAGGAGCUGCUGGGCCAGGAGAAGGCUGCCCUUGAGGGCCGACUGGCAGCCAUGGAGCAGCAGCAACAUGACCUUUCCAAGGAGCUGUCAGAGACUAGGUCAGCAAAGGAGAGCCUGGAAUCCAGCCUGUUUGCUGCUCAGCAGCAGAUAUCUCAGCUGGAGGAGACCAGGAACCAUCUGGAGGCUCAAAUGCUCACAGUCAAGCAGGCCAAAGAGGUGAUAGAAGGAGAAGUGAAGUGCCUGCAAGGUGAGCUGGAAGCAGAAAGAGCUCUCAGGAGGCAGGAACAGGAAGACACAGCUCAGCAGCUCUUGCAGGCAGAGCAGCAGCAUCAAGAAAGCCUCAGGCUUCAGAGAACUGCUCAGCAACUGGAACUAAACAAGCUCCUGCAAGACCUGGUAGGGGACAGGGGCCUUGAGCAGAGGGAGGCUCUACAAAAGCAGGUGGGAGAGUUGACGUCUCAGCUGGCAGCCUCCCGAGAGUCCCAGGAAGCCAUCGUCCAGAGAGCACAGAAGGAUGUGAGUGAGGCCCAGGAGCAAUCAAGGCAGAAGCUGUUGGAGGUUGAACACACCAAGAAGUGGCUGGAGGAGGCAGAACAUCAGAACAAGGAGCUGCAAGUGCACCUGCAGAAUCUGGAGAGGGAAAGGAGUCAAUGGAAAGAAGUGGCUCAGCAAAACUCAGAAUUGCAGGCUUCUGUGAAUGUCCUAGAGAGGGAAAAAGCCAGGCUGACUCUGUCUCUGGAAGAAAAGGAUCUGGACCUCAGAACCCUGGAGGAAAACAACCUGGCCCAGAUCAAUCAGGCAUCUCACCUUCGUUCUGCCCUUAAUCAGGCUGAGCAGCUCCACUCAGAACAUAGAAGAGAACUGCAGGAGCUCAACACCCAGAUCCGGGCCCUGCAGGACACUGUGCUGGAGAUGGAGGCUGCCCAGGCCACUCGAGAGAAGCAGCUGCUGCAGGAGCUGGAGGAGUCCCAGGCAGGAGAACGGUGCUUGAAGGCCUCUGUGGAUGUGCUGGAGACUGAAGUGUCCCAGCUGCGUGUGAGCCUCCGGAGCUCUCAUGACAGAGCAGAGGCCUUGGCUACACAAUGUCAACAGGCCAGUGGUGCCCACUUGGAAACUCGAUCCCAGCUGGACAAACUGCUCUUGCUUCUCCACCACAUGAUCAGAAACAGUAGAGACUUGGUCACUUGGAACUCAGAAGAGGGUCAUGUCGUGGGUCUAGCUGCUUCUCAGUCCGAGGAUGUCCCUGCAGAGUUCACAGUGGACAGAGUGGCAGCAUAUCUGCAAGACCUGCAACAGCACCUGGAGCAUUCCCAGAAAGAUCUGAAUGAUGCAAGGAAGAAGAUACAGGCCUUGGAGCUGGAGCUGGGCACGGGGCAGGCUCAGAUGGACAAUCUCAAAGCCAGCAAUCAGGAGCUGCAGAUACAGUUGGAUGAAAGUCAGCGUGGACUUGAAAUGCUGGCUGCAGUUCUGGCAGCUCCUCCCCAAAGGAACACUGGAGUGGAGCUGCAAGAGGUUGGGGAAGGGCAGGAAGGGAGCUGGGACGGGCUGAGUGAGCUGGGAAAGAUGCAGCAUCAAGGGGAACCCAGCAAAGGUCUGCAGCAUGCUGAGAGGCAGAGAGAGAGGGGCAGCCUGUGCCUGCCCCUGGGACAGGAGUCCAGGUCUGGUAUGAGAAGCAAAGCGAGAGAGGGAAUGAGUGACCCUUUUCUCCCUGUUUUGCAGCAUGAACGGGACAGGCUGCAGGCAGAUAAAGAAAAACUGGAGUAUGAGAUAAAACUUCUGGAGGAAUCAGUUACAGCCUCUGAAACCCGAGCGAUUACAGCAAUAGAUAAGAAUCACUCCCUUGAACAGGAACUCCAAACUGCACUGUCCAUGUUAAAAAUUAAAAAUGAAGAAGUUCAAAAUCAGGGGAAGAAAAUGGAGUUUCUUCAGAAAGAGGCAGCAGAGACCAAAGGUUUGCAGGAGCAUCUUACUCGUGUAACUGCCAUCCUGUCAGAGAGGGAAGAAGAAAUGAAGUUGUACCAAGAGCAGAUGAGAAUGUUGGAAAAGCAGAAAGAAAUGCAUAAAACUGCUCUUAAUCAGGUUAUUAAGGAUAUAACAGAGAAAGAACAGAAGACAGAAUCACAACAGGAACAGAUACAGGAGCUGGAGAAGCAGCAAGAAAAGCAAAGGCUUGUUUUAAGCAAAAUGAGCCAAGAACUGGAAGAAAAGGACCAGGAGAUCAGAUCCCAGCAAGAACUGAUACAGGAACUGGAGAAGCAAUUAGAAUUGCAGAACUCUGCUGUCAGCAGGGUGAGCAAAGAGCUGGAGGACAGAUGCCUGGAGAUCAAAUUCCAGGAGGAGAAAAUAAUGAUUCUAGAACAGCAUGGUGCAGUACAAGUCAGAAAUCUGCUUGUGGAUCUUGAUGAUAUGCAAGGAAACCUGAAGGAGAAAAGCUUGGAGCUUCUUUCUCUGACUCAGCAGAUUCAAGAAAUGGAAAAGGAGAGAGAAGACGUGAAAUCUCUAAAUGCUACCCUUGAAUACCUGAAGACUGUUCUUAAGGACAGAGAGAGUGAGUGUGACAUUCAAAGGGAAGAGUUAAGGCUCUUGCAACAACACAAGGAGCAGCAAGAUCGGCAUCUGCAAGAGCUUCUUGGUAAAGUAGAAAUCAUGACACUUUCUUUAUCUAAAAAAGAUCAAGAGCUUGAGUCACAGCAAAAGCAAAUGCAGGAAGCUGAAGUAAUGGAAAUGCAGUUAAAGACUGUUUGUGACCAACUGGAGCAGACCUUAGCAACCUUAAAAGAAAAAGACAGACUUAUGGACAUCCAAAAGCAGCAAACAAAGAGCUAUGAGGAAAAAAUAGAAGAAAAGAUAAAUGUCUUGCACAGAGACUUAGAAUACUCUAGGACAGUACUGAAAGAAAAGGAUCUAUUGAUUGAAUCUCAGAAGGAACUGAUUGAGACCUUCCAAAAACAAAAGCAAGACUCUGAACAGCAGAAGCAAAUUCUGCAGCAUCUUCAAGUGGAGCUAAAGGAAAAACAGCAGGAAAUUUUGUCCCUUAGAAAGCAAUGUGAGGCAUGCAAGGAAAGGGAGGAAAAACAUGAAGCUGAGCAAAAAAAUUUCCAUGCAACAGCACUGACUCUGAAAGAAAAAGAGGAAAAGAUUUGUGUUCUGGAGGAUGCCAUCACAAAGCUUCAACAGCAAAAGGAAAAAACAGCAGUGCAGACUAAAGCCAUACUGCAAAAACUAGAAUAUGCUGAAUCUUCUCUUGAAGCUAAGGAUCAAGAAAUAGUGUCUUUGCAAGAGCAUGUCCAGGAACUUCGAGAGCAGAAGGGGGUGGCAGGCCAGCAGGCCAGAAAUCUAGAGCAGGAUCUAGACAAAGCAAGCCAGAUGUUGCAGAAGAACCAUUUGGAGUUCCUCAAGCAGACAGAGCAAGUGAACACAUUCCAGCUUAGUGAAGAAAGCAUGAAAAUAGCACUAACAUCCUGCCAGAAGCCAGUGACUCUGCUUGAGGAAGUGGUGAGGAAAAAGGAUGAAGACAGUGACGCUCUUAGUCAAAAACUCCAGCACAUAGAAGAAAAACUGAAGACUUCGCAGAAUCUUCAGCUUAGGCUAACUGAGAAGAAUGAAGAGGUUAGACGUGAUGGAGAACUAGAGUUCCUGAAAGAAGCCUUCCCUGAGAGAAAAGAGAUCAAGGCUCAAAGUGAGCAAAAUCAGUUGGAAAAGGAAAUAAGAGCUCUUUGGGAAGAUCUCCAGCAUGUUCAGCAGACUCUGACAAAGAAGGAUAAAGAGAUCAAGUACCAAACAGACACAGUCAAGUAUUUAAAGAAGACUCUGAUAGAGAGAGAGCAAGAGCUUAGGAGGCAGAGUGAACUCCUGAGAGAAUUAACAUUGGCUUUGCGAUGGAAAGAUGAAGGGGAAACCCUAAAGGAACAAAUAAAAAAACUCCAAAAAUGGGACGAAGCAGAGAAGAGGAAAAAUUUCCAGGAGAGAGACCAUCUCUUGCAAAGGCAGAAGGAAAUUACCCAACAAUUGGAAGCUGAGAGGGAAGCCAAUGGCGAAGAGCUGGAGCAUGUGGCUGCUGCUUUGAAGCAGAGAGAAAGCAGAGAACAGGAAUGGAGAGAGAAUACUCAAGUCCUGAGCACUGCACUGAGCAAGAGUGAAAUGGCCAAAGGAAGUCUGAAGAAAGAAAUAACCAUCCUGCAGAGAAUGGUUUCAGAGAGAGAUGCAGACCGAUUUCAUCAGCAGCAGGCUAUUGCUGAAGGGGAGCAGCUGUCAUGGCUCUCAGAGAAGAGACUCAUGUUGCAAAGCCUGGAAUGUCUGCAGAGAGCAGUGGCAAAGCUGGGAGAUGAAAAGGUGGAGCUCGAGCAGCAGAACACUGAACUCAGGAGGACUCUUGAGCAGGUGGAACAUGAACGGAGGAGACUGAAGAGAUGUUUUAGGGGUCAGUUACUCCCAGAUGCCUGUGAAUUUUCUCUCUCUAAGUCUGAGCAGUGCAAGUUGCCCACUUCUAGACAGGAGGAGUUCCAUGCUCACUGCAGUCAGCGCUUGGCUGAGUUACAGAACCAGGUGUCCCUGCUGCAGUCACAGCUGGCCCGAGACCGACAGCAGCGACAGAACUACAUCGAGAGCUGUACAAGGACCAGCCAGGAGCUGUCAGACCUUCACCAGGAGCUCUCCUGCUCCUUUGCAGCAGUGCUCAAGGAGCCCAGAGCUGCUGUUCUGGAAGCAGAGACUCAGAAGCUGGAUCGGUCUCUGAACCUUAACUCGGCACUGACAUCGCUGGGCCAUCAGUCUCUGCAGAGGCAGCCCGAGCAUCCAAGAGCCAGACCUGCCAGAAGCGAUGACCUGAGGUAACAGCACCUCUGAUCUCCAUCUGAAUGGAAGGAUUUCUGCUAAGACAAAAAGCUCAUGGAUGUGAGAAAUAGAAUCAACUCCUCGGGGCAGGGCUAUUUCCUGCCUUUAACAUCUGUUGGACUCAUAUUCAGCUGGUGCCAGACCUCACCUUGUGUUGAGUAUUAGGAUAUGUGAAACAGUUGGAGCAUAUAGUAGAUGAUUCUGGGGCCAAAAUGUGAAUGUGUGAGAACAGCGGCAUAGGUAAGGAGAGAGAGAGAUGUAUGAAGAAGGAAGCCCAAACAAGAAAUGAAUAAUCCCUGAACAGUAAGACUUGUGGCUGACAUCUGUCCAAAGGCAGCUACUUAAAAUAAAAGAACACAGAGUGUGCUACAAACAAUUAAAGUAACCUAACAGUUUGUGGCAUUUGCAUUUGGAAGCAUCUCCUAGG